UCCGGUGACGCGACACCGUACCAUGGCCUACGUCGCUUCGGCGCUCGCGUUCGUGGCGCUUAUACUAUGGAGUCGGAUCACCGCCAGUGAGGCUCAGCCCAACCACAUCCUGAACGUCUGCAGCGUAUACAACGUCACCAACACCGCCGCCUUCGCCGCCACAAUCAACAGCACCUUUGCCGACCUCCGCUCCACCAUCUCCUCUGCCGCUCCCGGCAGCUCCGCCGCUCACUUCGCGACCGCGCGGGGCUCCGCCCAGCAAGUCUACGCGCUCUUCCAGUGCCGCGGCUACCUCUCCACUGCCGAAUGCCUCACUUGCUUCUCUGCCGCCGCGGUCGGUAUCCGCCGCCAGUGCGGCGCCGCCAAUGGGGCCCGCGCCAUCUACGACGAGUGCUUCCUCCGCUACGAGAGCGCCCCCUUCUUCGACCAGGGCACGCUCCCGGGGCUAUUCAACAUCUGCGGUAACCGCAACAUGACGGGCGGGCUCGCCGCGGCGGCUCGGCAGUUGUUGGAGGAUUUGAGCAGUGCCACGCCGAGGACGCGGGAGUUCUUCGCGGCGGCUGAAAGGGAGGGGAUGUUCGGGAUAGCGCAGUGCGUGGAGACGGUCACCGUGGAGGGGUGCGGCCAGUGUCUGGCAGAGGCGGUGAAUAAUGCAGGGUUGUGCCUUCCGGCCGCCGAAGGCCGGGCGGUGGACACCGGCUGCUUCAUGAGAUACUCCAACGAGUCCUUCUUCCCCGCCAACCAAACCAUGGAUUUAUCCCCUUUCUUGAAUUCAGGGAGAUCGAACAAGCGAAGGGCCAUCAUUUGGGGAGUCGCUGGAGGAGUCGUCGGCGUCCUGUUGCUUCUUCUAGGGCUUGUGACACUUCUGUGGAUCAGGAGAUCCAGAGAUCAACAAGGCCGAAAAGGAGAUAUAUUAGGGGCAACUGAGUUACAAGGUCCAUUAAAUUUCCAUUACAAGGAUCUAAAAAAAGCUACAAAUAAUUUCAGUAAAGACAGUAAAUUAGGAGGAGGAGGUUUUGGUGAUGUGUACAAGGGUAUAUUGAAAAAUGGGAAAACAGUUGCUGUAAAGAGACUAGUAAUUGCUCAAAUUAGUAGGGCAAGAGCAGAUUUUCAGACCGAAGUGAAGCUCAUUAGCAAUGUUCACCAUAGAAAUUUAAUUCGUCUGCUUGGAUGUUCUAGCAAAGGCAAAGAUUUUCUUCUUGUCUAUGAGUACAUGGCAAAUAGCAGCCUUGACAAAUUUAUAUUUGGUGACAGACGUGGAUUCCUCAACUGGAAACAGAGAUUCUCCAUAAUUGUCGGCGUGGCUCGUGGUCUUUCUUACCUGCAUCAGGAAUUCCACGUUUGUAUCAUACAUCGUGAUAUAAAAUGUAGCAACAUUCUGCUCGAUGAUGAUUUCCAGCCAAGAAUUGCAGAUUUUGGCCUAGCCCGCCUUCUGCCGGACGACAAGAGUCACCUCAGCACUAGGUUUGCUGGCACUUUGGGAUAUACAGCACCUGAGUAUGUACUUCAGGGGCAACUUUCUGAAAAGGUUGAUACAUACAGCUUCGGAGUUGCCGUUCUCGAAAUAAUAAGUGGCCGGAAAAGCAAUGACUUACAACUCGAGCCUGACGCUCAGUAUCUCCUUGAAUGGGCUUGGAAACUAUAUGAACGCGAUCAGUUGAUUGAUUUGGUGGAUGAAACCUUAGAUCCUAGUGAAUUUUCUCCAGAGGAAGUGAAAAGGAUCAUUAAAAUAGCUCUUCUCUGCACACAGUCUGCUGCUGCUGCUAGGCCGACCAUGUCUGAGAUUGUUGUUAUGUUGCUCGGGCAAAGUGAUAAUACUUUUGAGCUCACAAGACCAACCUUCAUAGAUGCCUCAAGUAGAGUUCAUGGAGAUUCACCCCCAGCUACCAUUUUAUCUACUACUUCGCAUGCGACUGUUUCGAUAUCUGAAGUUUCUGCUCGUUGAUGUUCCACGACAAGUAAUAUUAUUUUAUGGAGUAAAGCUUUACGAACUACAGUAAUAGGCAAUCACACAUUAGUAUAGUAAUGAUAAAAUAAUAUUCAUUUAAAUAUAGAAGAAGAGAAUCGAACUUAAUAUUGUAUGAGGAUUUAUACAAUUAACUGUAUUUGGUGGAAUAAAAGUUUGAUUGUUAUUAUUAUUGUUUUAUAUUUAAGACUGAAGAAUAUAUGUUUUAAGUGAGCUAAGUACAGCUGGAUUAUCAUGAUUAUUGUUUCCUUAGAAAGGCGAUGUUAAGAAGUUAACAUGAUUCUGGUUCUAUAUAUCUCAUCAGUCCAGAUAGAUUUUUAUUUCAUACCCCUAAAUUUGUAUUGAUAUCAGCAGUGCAAUAAUGUUCACCCGUGUGAGUAUAGUUUGGUUUUUGUCGAUAACUAGAAUAACACCAUUGAUGCGCUAGUAAA